AUGCUGCUUCCUAGCUAUAGAAUAAGCCCUUGGCAGGUUGCUCAGCUGCGUUGUUUCUCAUCAUGCCAUCGCUCGCGUUACCUGCUUUUAUCUGGUACCAAAAUAGCUGAAAGAAUUCGUAAAGAUGCUUUCAAAGAGGUUCAGUUAAUUAAAAAGGAGUUUCCAUCAUUUCAGCCAAAGUUGAAGAUUAUACAGGUUGGUUCUAGACCGGAUUCGUCUGCCUAUGUUCGAAUGAAAUUAAAAGCGUCCAAAGAGUCUGGUGUGGAAUGUGACGUGGAAAGGUUACCAGAAAGUGUCACUCAAUAUGAAUUGCUAAGUAAAAUUAAAGAGAUUAAUGCUGAUAGAAAUACCCAUGGUUUACUUAUCCAGCUUCCGCUUCCCAAGCAUUUGGACGAAAACGAGGUAACAAAUUAUGUUGACAGUGCUAAAGAUGUUGAUGGUUUUAAUACUUAUAAUGCUGGGGAAUUAGCAAAAAGAGGUGGUAAGCCAAAAUUUAUUCCAUGUACCCCAAAUGGUUGUAUUAAAUUGAUUAAAGAAUCUGGAAUUGAGAUUAGGGGCAAACAUGCGGUUGUGAUCGGUAGAUCUGAUAUUGUGGGAACUCCAGUUGCCGCGCUUUUGAAGAUGGAAGAUGCGACUGUCACAUUAACACAUAGAUUUACUAAGAACUUACCAGAGGUUGUAGGUUCAGCAGAUAUUGUUGUUGCUGCUUGUGGUGUUCCAAAAUACGUCAAGGGGAGCUGGUUAAAGGAAGGCGCUGUGGUUAUAGACGUUGGCAUCAACUACGUUGAAGAUAAAACGGCCAAGAAUGGUAGGAAAUUAGUUGGUGAUGUAGAAUUUGAUACUGCUAAAGAGAAAGCAUCUUAUAUUACUCCUGUUCCUGGCGGAGUUGGGCCAAUGACUGUAGCGAUGCUUGUUGAAAAUGUUCUGAUUGCAGCAAAGAGAGCGCUCACCGAAUCGACCAAGACUCCGGAGAUCACACCUUUACCACUUACAUUAAAACAUCCAGUGCCAUCUGAUAUUGACAUAUCAAAAGCUAUGAAACCAAAACAUAUUUCCGUUGUAUCCAAAGAGCUUGGUAUCCUAGAUAACGAGCUUGAAAUGUAUGGGCACUAUAAAGGAAAGCUAUCGCUUGACAUUUUGGACAGGUUGAAGAAUAAUAAGAAUGGUAAGUACGUCCUGGUUGCGGGUAUUACACCAACUCCCCUUGGAGAAGGAAAGUCUACUACUACAAUGGGUCUUGUCCAAGCAUUGGGUGCUCACUUGAAGAAACCUGCCAUUGCAAAUGUUCGGCAGCCAUCUAUGGGUCCAACGUUUGGGGUUAAAGGUGGUGCCGCAGGUGGUGGUUAUGCACAGGUGAUUCCAAUGGACGAGUUUAAUAUGCAUUUAACCGGUGACAUUCAUGCCAUUUCUGCUGCUACCAACUUGCUAGCUGCAGCAAUUGAUACAAGGAUGUUCCACGAAGCAACCCAAAAGAAACAUAGUACCCUAUACAAUAGACUUGUUCCAUUGAAGAAUGGCAUGAGAAAGUUCACACCUUCAAUGCUAAAACGUUUGGAGAAAUUGGGCAUCAAUAAAACUGAUCCUAACUCAUUAACUCCAGAUGAGAUUUCUAAGUUUGCUCGUUUAAAUAUUAAUCCAGAUACAAUUACUGUAAAAAGAGUUGUCGAUGUUAAUGACAGAAUGUUGCGUCAAAUUACAAUUGGACAGGGAUCUACUGAGAAGGGCCAUACCAGGACUACUGGGUUUGAUAUUACCGUAGCAUCUGAAUUAAUGGCAAUUUUGGCUUUGUCUAGCGAUUUACAAGACAUGAGAAAGCGCGUUGGUCGUAUGGUUAUUGGUUUCAAUUACGACAAUGAGCCUGUCACUGCUGAAGAUGUGGGGUGCGCAGGUGCUCUUACUGCAUUGCUAAAAGACGCUGUGAAGCCUAACUUGAUGCAAUCGCUCGAAGGAACACCAGUUCUUGUACAUGCGGGACCAUUUGCUAAUAUUUCUAUUGGAGCUUCCUCUGUAAUUGCGGACAAAAUGGCUUUGAAAUUGGUUGGAUCAGAAAACGGUAACGAGACUGGUUAUGUUGUAACUGAGGCAGGAUUUGAUUUCACUAUGGGUGGUGAGAGAUUCUUCAAUAUUAAAUGCCGUUCUUCUGGCUUGACUCCAGAUGCUGUAGUGCUAGUUGCUACUGUCAGAGCAUUAAAGUUACACGGGUCUGCCCCACCAGUUAAACCAGGUCAACCACUACCAGUUGAGUAUACACAGGAAAACACUGAAUUGGUAUCUAAAGGUGUUGCAAAUCUAUGUAAACAGAUUGAAAACGUUAAGCAAUUUGGUGUUCCAGUUGUUGUUGCAAUAAACCAAUUUGAGUCUGACACUGACGCUGAGAUCCAAAUUAUAAGAGAGGCGGCAAUUGCGGCUGGAGCAUUCGAUGCUGUGAAAUCUAAUCAUUGGGCAGAAGGUGGUAAAGGAUCAAUUGAAUUGGCAAAUGCUGUGAUCCAAGCUACUCAGCAGCCAACUGACUUCAAAUUUUUGUAUGAUGUGGAAGAUACAGUCGAGCAGAAGCUAACUACGAUAGUACAGAGGAUGUAUGGAGGAGCUAACAUUGAUAUUUCCCCAGAAGCACAGAAGAAAAUCGACCUCUAUACUUCCCAAGGCUUUGGAAACUUGCCCAUCUGUGUUGCGAAGACCCAAUAUUCCUUAUCACACGAUGCAAACUUGAAGAAUGUACCAAAAGGUUUCACCUUCCCUAUUAGGGACGUCAGAGCAUCAAUUGGCGCAGGUUACCUAUACGUUCUAGCUGCUGAGAUACAGACAAUUCCGGGUUUAUCGACAUACGCAGGCUACAUGAAUGUAGAAAUUAAUGAUGAAGGCGAGAUAGAAGGUUUGUUUUAG